ACAGUAUCAAGUUGCAGAAUUUGGAAACAUAUUUUUUUUUCGGUGACUGGCUUAAAAAAAAAACCAGUGUUUCUUUUUUCGUGCAUGCUCACAAAAAAUCGCGAGUCUUAAGAUGUCAAAAUCAAUAUCAUUUCGGUUGCAAGUAAGCUCCAUAAUGGAGAUAAUGACCAAAACGGCUAUUGAAGAAAUAUGCAAAAUUGUUGACAGCGAUUUUGCGUUUUUACGACAAGAACUGUCUCGGGUCAUGGGUGAAAAUACGGUUCUUAAAGACCAAAUGCUCUGUCUCGGGAGCGAAAGGCAUGAAGAAAGCACGCGCAUCACAAAGGAAGAAGCGCGCGCUGGCUCAAAAAUAUAUCGUUCUAUUUGCGUUCAAACCGAAGAUGGAGCGCAGCCCUCCAUCAAAGGGAUAUUUGGAAAGGAGUGGUGUUCCAGUUUGUGGGAUCGGAGGAACGAGUCCAGAGAAGACGAGCUGGCGAUCGAUGUCGACCUGUACAGUGUGUCGCCUCAUGAGCACAAAGAACAAGAGCAAUCCAACCUGGUCAUAAUCAAAGAAGAGUGUUUUGAGGUGGACACUUAUCCCAGUUAUACAGGGAAAACACCGCUAGCUUCAAGAGGACAGCCAACAUCUUCUGUAUAUGAGCCUCUGGCACACUUAAAAAGUUUUGAUAGCCACUUUGAGUCUGGUGAAUUUUCAGAGCUAUCGGAAACACAAAACACAUCCUCUGAUUCAUCAGACAAACACUCUAGGAAAAACUAUAUUGAUAAUGCUGUCGACCAGUUAAUAGCACCAAUAGAGGAUCCAUUGGAAUUUGAUGGUCACUCUAUACUCAACCAAUUUUCAGUAGAACAUAAUAGUGAGUUUUCCUCUGAGAUUCAGGAGGAUGAAGAAGCACAGGAAAUACAUGAGGAUGCCGCAACCAUGACAGAGCAUUGCCAAAAGAGAGUCAAGGUGCAGAAACCGGCAAACAACUUCAUUUGCUACGACAACGGGAAGGCGUUUCUUCGGCAAAAUGCUGCCAAAAAGCGUCUCAGAAAACAUCGAUUUCCAAAGUUGAAACCAAGCGAAAAGUUCCGCUGUGAGGUCUGCGGGAGAUGCUUCCAUUCCAACACCAAUCUCACCAUUCACUAUUUGGUCCACACAGGGGAACGGCCCAAUAAAUGCAGUUUUUGUGGAAAAGGCUUCUCCCAGAAAGGAAAUUUACAAGCUCAUGAACGCAUCCACAGAGGAGAAAGACCUUUUGGUUGUGCCACCUGCGGAAGGAGUUUCACCCAGAAAGUUAGCCUGCGUAAUCACGAACGUAUCCACAGAGGAGAACGACCUUUUACUUGUAUAACCUGCGGAAAGGGUUUCACCCAGCAAGUCACCCUCAAACAGCACCUCGUUGUCCAUGACAGAACGGGUAAACAAGUCAGGAGGAAAUCAAGGAAAAAUCACCGUGAUAUAAGUCAUAGCUUUAUGUAGCAAACGUUUUUUUGUUACUUCUAAAUUUGAGAUCGCAGUAGCUGUUUAAAGGGAAAUACAAACAGUGGAAAUGUGAGGUUGGAGCACCUUAAAAGAAUGUCUCUUUGUGUAAUACUGUAGUAGAUAGUAGCAGAAAUAUAAAGUCUGGUAUGGCUGUGUAUAACUCAGUGAUGUAGUUGUUGUCCCAUCAACUAAUCUGUUUCUUCUGUUAAACCAAAAGCACGGCCUUUAAGGUGGUCGUUUACAUCUGGGGCCCGUUCUUCGUACCUUGCUUAAUACAUCUGAGAUGAUUUGAAAGAUGCAAGAUCUUCUAAUGGUGAUAACUGAUCUCUGGCUUAUUUGGUUUUUCAAAUGAAUCUGGAUUAAAUUGUCUAAUAUUACUGCGCGUUCUCGUGUUCCCAGAAAAGGGCAGAUGUAUCGAUUCUAGAAAACAAGAUCAGCAAUGCAGUGAUUGGUUGGCAAUCUAAUCUUGUUUACAUGAAAUAAGACUAAUCCAGAGCAGGUUUAAGUUUAGGGAUCUGUUGCUAUGACAGAAACUCCGGGAAGAGCUUCGAAGAACCAAACAAUCCAAGAUCAAGCGAUGAUGUCAAUAAUCAAAUCCAGCUAAAUGGGUUAGCGAUGUACGAAAAAGAGACCCCGGGCUAAACUUUGAAGUAUUUUGAAACAAGUCUCUUCUCCUGUCCAACGCUGCAUAAAUUUGAUGAAAACUACAGUAAUAUGUUGAAAUAUUAUUAUAAUUAACAAUAUCUGUUCCAUAUAUAAAAUAUUUGUAUUUCUGUAAAAUCAAAGAUGAAUUUUCAGUCUUCAGUAUCACAUGAUCCUUCUUAAAUCAUUCUAAUAUGCUACACUUUUAUUCUUUGAACAAUACUAAGAAAUAAUGUUUUUACAAAAAUGUAACAUUGACAUUAAAAGUAACAACUUUUAAACUUAAUGUUUCUUGUGCAGUAAAUCAACAAAUUAGAAUGAUUUCUGAAGAUUCAUGUUACACUGAAGUUUUGAGUAUGAUGCUGAAAAAAUAGCUUUGCAUCAUAAGAAUAAAAUAGAAAAGAUAUUGAAUUGUAACAAUAUUUCACAGUAUAACUGUUUUUACUGUAUUUUUUAUCAAAUAAAUGCAACAAAAAAACAUUAACUGUAUAUUCCAAACUUUUGGAUGGUUGCAGUCUUGAAUAUAUCUGGAUAGUACUUUUGAAUAUUUAUAGUGUAGAAAUGAAACACCACCAGAGGUGAACACAUCACUAAUUAAAGGAAUUUUCAUCAGUCUUAGUACACAUUGUAACUACAGAAGAGUCAAAUUUUAUAUAAGAAAAAUAUAAAAACUCUUUGGUCAUUUUUGAGCGAGAUGCUACAAUUAUCUAUGCUAAGCUAAGCUAAAAGUGCUACCACCAGACCCAGAGAUCAGCUCCGAAUGGAUUUUCCAACUCUAGGAGAGUUGGAAAAUGGGUGUUUUAAAAAAAAUGUGGAGUGUUCAAUAAAGGUUUUAUGGUCUGUUUAAAAAAAAA